AUUAAAAUGCAAAAACGAUCUCCAUAGGACACGCUUAGAAUUUAAAAUUUUGAUAAAUUCCUCUAUAACCAACCAGUUUCAGAAUUAUAAUUGAUGUGUUUGUUUGCUACUGGUUCAUUAACUGGCUGCAUGUGACCUGCACUAAUGGUUCAAGGUCGAUUAAGUUCAAUCCUUUAAUUCCGAUAUUCCACGAAACGAUAUUUUCUGCUUAAGAGAACAAAGUCAUGUUAUUUCCCCACCAGUUGGAAAUCCUCUAAAGAUAACCUAUUCACCUCCCGGCGAUUAUAACCCCAAAUUCCCUACUGGCACAUAUUCAAAAAACACUGCGCAUCUGUCUCUAUUUAAAUGAGAAUAGCCAGAAGCACCAUGACGUCGUCAGUUGCUGCCUCUAUUACAACUUCAUUUUUCUUGGACACCCAAGAACCGGUAUAGUUGUAAAUUUUUUGGUCCGUUGGGACCAACGCUUGAUUGUGUAAGACCACGAUGAAAAAAUCAAACAAAGUACCGCCUGAUGGGGGGUACGGAUGGGUAAUCGUCUUCGCGAACGCUCUAAGUAACUUUAUUGCAACACCCUUAAUGCAUUGUUUUGGUCUCAUCUUCAAUGUUACUUUUGCCGAACUUGGUCUUACAGCCACACAGAGCUCCCUAAUUAUCAAUUUAAAUGCAGCUUUUGGUAUGAUGACAGGGUUAAUCAAUGGUGUUCUUUUGAAAAUGUACGGAUGCCGAAAAGUCGCUAUGCUUGCGUCUUUUUUAUUGACAUUUGGAGUAGUACUUACGUCGUACUCGAAGACGUUCACACACUUUGUGAUUUCCUAUGGGCUCAUAACUUCUCUUGGUAUGGGACUGUGUCAAUCAGCUUAUAGUUUAUCAGUUUAUACGUACUUUGUCGAUAGACGAAGCUAUGCAGUCGGCUUAUCAGAAACGAUUACAGGAUUUGGGCCUAUUCUUAUUCCUCAGAUGAUUAGUGUUUUGAUGACCAUAUAUACUCCAGAGGGUGUUACUUUGAUUUUUGGAGGAAUUUGUGCGCAUGUCUUUAUAGCGGCAACGUUGUUACAGCCAGUGAAGUGGCACAUGAAAAUAAAAGAAGAGAAACAAGGAGAAACAGUUGAAAUUCAAAUGAAAAGCAACCUUACAAACACAGAAGAAAAAAAGGAAGAGCCUAAAGAAGAAACAAAUAGUGAUAGCACAGAAAAGACAACUGACACACACAACAAUGAUGUCGUAACGGAGAAUGACAAUGCUAGUAAUCAAGAAAAAACUGAUGAACAUGACAAACAAGACACAAAAAAUGUAGAAAACGGAGAAGACACAAUUAAAGAACCGCGAUCAACUGAGAAGGCGGAAGGUGAACACAACAGUGAGAAAAAACUCAAAGAAAAUAUUUUUAUAACGAUAGUCAGAAUGUUUGAUUUGGACCUCCUCAAAGACCCUAUUUUCGUAAAUAUUAUGAUGGGCCUAGCACUUGCCAUUUUCGCCGAAUUAAACUUCACAGUCUUAACGCCGUUUAUGCUUCAUGAUUACGGUUUAGACACUAGUCAGAUUGCAAUUUUUUUAUCAGUAUUAGGAGGUGCCGAUAUCGUUUUCCGAUUUUUUGCCCCACAUAUAGCAAAUUUGUUCACUACGUCUCCCCGAUGGAUGUAUGCUGGUAGCCUGUUUCUUUUGAUGCUAACAAGGUUCACUUUUCUUUUAUCGACAAAUUUUUACAUUUUGAUAGCGAUUGCUUCGGGUCUUGGUAUUGCUAAAGGUAUUAGAAAAGUGUAUAUGUCGUUGGUGAUUCCCGAUUAUGUCAGUAUUGAUAAAUUAGCCACUGCUAGUGGCAUGGAAAUGAUGAUGAACGGGUUCUGUAUUAUGAUUGGAGGACCCAUUUUGGGCGUCGUGCGUGACGUCACUGGUAGUUACACCUUGUGUGUUAUUAUAAUGAAUUGUGUCACCUUUACUACCAUAACCAUGUGGAUUAUCGAAGUCCUCAUAAUUAAGUUUAAGCAAGUGAAAAUAAAAAAAGACAAAACGAUGCCAGUGUAGUAUAUUAAAAUAAUAAACUAGUAAUAAAUAAAUAAUAAA